CGCCCACCGGAGACACAUAGGGGCCGAGGGUCGCGCCGUCCCAGCCCGCCUGUCGACGUCUACGUCCCCCUCGCACCCUUACCCCUGCUGCCGUUGCCGGGCGCGGCCGGCGGCCAUGCAGUCCCGGGGCUGAAGGCGGCCCCAUGGCGAAGCCCGCGUCCCCGAGGCCCCGGCGACGACGGCGCAUGGAGAACUUCCGUAAGGUGCGCUCCGAGGAGGCGCCGGCGGGGGGCGGGGCCGAGGGGGGCGGCCCGGGAUCCAGCCCUUUCGCGGACCUGGCACCCGGCGCCGUGCACAUGCGGGUCAAAGAGGGCAGCAAGAUCCGGAAUCUGCUGGCCUUCGCCACCGCCAGCAUGGCGCAGCCGGCCACACGCGCCAUCGUCUUCAGCGGCUGCGGUCGGGCCACCACCAAGACCGUCACGUGCGCUGAGAUCCUCAAGCGCCGCCUGGCGGGCCUGCACCAGGUCACGCGGCUGCGCUACCGGAGCGUGCGCGAGGUGUGGCAGAGCGUCCCGCCCGAGCCCACUCCGGAUCAUCCACCAGGAGAGCCGCCGGCUAGUCUCAGUGUGCUCAAGAAUGUGCCGGCGCUCGCCAUCCUACUUUCCAAAGACGCGCUAGAUCCGCGUCAACCUGGCUACCAGCCCCCGGACCCGCAUCCUGGUCCCUCGUCCCAGUUAGCUGCGCCAACGCUCAAGAGGAGCCUAGGGGAGCCCGCAACUGGAGAAGGUUCCGCGAAGAGGUCACAGCCCGAGCCAGGGGCUGCGCACGAGGACCGGACAGCCUGAGAACUGCGGGAUCACGGUCACCUAGACGGGCUGGAUUCCAUCCCAGCGCCUUCGCUUUCAGACGUUCCUCCAGCCUUUCACGCGUCGGUCCUCUGGAGCCCAUAACCUGGACAGCUUGGACCGCUAAGGCAGCAGUAGAGGGGCCCUUGGAGUGACAGGAGAGGAUCCCCCAACGACCCCAGGGAAGCUUCGUGGGUUGGUUGCCCCUUGCUUGUGUUGCCUGAAAACACAAGACUCCACUUUCAGCUUUUCUGGACCACACUGGAACCUCUUCAGGGAGGGAAUGGUGGGCAGUUAGACUGGAGCUUUGCUCGAGAUCCUCGAGGGUUAAAGGCACCUAGCAUUCCUGAGGAGCCUGAGUCCAUGAGCCAUGAAGAGUUCUUGGAGUCACCCCACCCUGCACAUCAGAGGGCGAGGGGUAAGAAACUGCUUGAGAGUAGAAGAGUGUGGAGUUGUGGGGGUCUGCUAUUCUGGCCCCCCUCCAGGACACAGUUUCCCUUAUAAUUUUCCUUUCCUUGCUUCAGAGGAGUGUACUGAUAUCAUGGGGGCAGGGGUGGGUGUUUCUGUGGGCUCUUAACAUCCACGCUUUGCCAUGUUGGCCCAGAGAGAGAUUGAGGACCGAACUCUGCGUGCCUCCUCCCCUGAGCCCCACAGCUGGCAUCUUGCUUUCAAUAAAACAAACAAAAAUGGCACUGUCCCCAGGUUUUUUCCUAAUCACCUGCCUUUGCAGAGCAGCUCUGGCCUGCCCCCUUGUGUCUCAGUCCCUCUGGCCAGGUAUCCUUGGCCUUUGGAGUCUUCAGGAUCUGGCACAGAGACUGGACAGCCUCAGAAGAGUGCAAGGGACACAUUGCUCAGUCCCUGGCUGGCUCUGGCCUCAGAGACUUGGGGCUGGAAGGGGGCCUGUAUCCCCCUGUGAUCACACUAGAGAAAGGGAGCAGCACAUUGCUUGUCUAGGGGGAGAAGUAAGGAGUGCAAUGGUGAACUCUCCUGAGGGUCAUCCCCAAGAAUGGCAGCCACUGCUGGGGUCCCUAGGUCUGCAGCCUUCUGCCAGCAAACUGAGCUAUAAGCAGAAGAUGGCACAAGGCACCCCAUUCCCAUGGAUGAGCUCUCCCCUUCACUGCCCUCUCUCCCUGAGAAAGGACAGCACAGCACACCCUUGGGGGAGGGGGAGGAGAGAGAUUGAGCACAAAUCCACUGCUGGAAAUUACUAUUCAGCAGAGAAGCUGGGACUCGGACUGUGAAUCACUGCAGGCUUCCUGAUAAGCUGAUGCUUCCAGCGCCACACAGCUGACUGCUGAGAGAUAACAGUCUCAUAAGCCUUUCUGCCCAGCUCCAAGUCAGCUGGGGGAGUGGUUUCUGGAAGAGCUCUGAUGAGUAAGGGGGGCAUAUAUCCCCAGGAUGUCAUAAGCAGACCCCACCCCAUGCAAUUCAGCAGCCCCCUGGAAGGAAGGAGAUGGGGAAGAAGGUAUUUCUAAGUCAGUUUGCUGGCAGAACCCUGAAACAAGUCCUGCUGGUGACAAGAGGUAGAUUCUGCAGCUGACAGGAGGGGCUCUUCAAGGACCCCCCCCCCAGUACCUCUGCUUGAGCUUUGAGGCAGGGAGGUCUGUUGUUAUUGGACCCUGCCACUGGUUGCCCUCCCCAAGUUCCUGUUCUUCAUGAGUCCCUGGGAAGGGCUGGGGGCUUGGAUGUGCUUGUCUGACUCCUCUCAGUGGUGCCCAUGAAGGGGGGAAAGAAUGUAAACUAUCCUGACAACUAAGAUGCCCUGGGCUCAUCCUGGACUUAAGCAUAUAAAAUAAAUGAUAAAACCUGGAAGAGGUGCUGCAGGGUAGAAGCUUAAAAUAAGGGAGACUGGUCUUGGUUCUGGAAAAGAACCAACCUUCCAAGAUCACUAGUGGUCUGAAGUACUGAGUGCUCCGUCACCAGGAGUGUGCAACCAAGAGGCUGCCACUGUCAUGUCAUGGAGGGGAGGUUGCAGAGGCUUCCUGUUUGGAAAGGAGGUUGGGUCAGGUAAGUCUCCCAACCUAGAAACUCAUCUGGGAGCAGGGAGAGAAGAGAGGGAACCCAUUGUUUCCCAUUUCUUCAGCUUCAGAGCAUUAGCAAGGCCCUAUGGUGGGCCAAGGAGCCCUGGUGGCUCAGUGGUUAAGUGCCUUGGUUGCUAACAGAAAGGUAGGCCAUUCAAAUUCACCAGUCACUCUGUGGGAGAAAGAUGUAGCAGUCUGCUUCAGUAAAGAUUUAUAGCCUUUGGAACCCUAGGGGCAGUUCUACCCUGCCCUCCAAGGUUGCGUGAAUCAGAAUUAAUGGCAAUGGGUUUUGGUAACAACAACAUGGUGGGCUGAGUUUCUACUUCAGAUGCCAGAAAGCGAGUCAUGAAACUGGCUUUCUUUUCUGCACCCCUCAGCAGGUUCAGUUCCCAGGCUUCUGAUAGGCGUGCUAACUUGCCACUGGGACCCAGCACCUUUGAGCUCCCCAACCCUGCCUCACUGAUCCUCUGGCCCUGCUGACCUAGGAGCAGGGUCCAAAGGAAAGUGACAGAUGUUCCCAUACCACCCUUUCAAGGCUGAGGCAGGAAGCGGGUGAAGCCUGAGAAGAUCUGGAACACGGGAGGAACGGGGGUUAGGGGAGCACCUCAGAGACAGGACCCACUUCAGGAACUGACUAAUGAGUAGGAGUGGGAAGCCCCCCUUGUAAGACCCCAUCUUCCCAAUACUGACCUUUAUCCUGGAGCCCAGGCUGUCCAUCUUUGCCUACUGGGCCCAAUCUGGUGCUUGCCUGGACCCUGCCUUGGAGCACUUCCAGGGUAGAGGUGGCAGUGAAGGUUCUCACCCAGAUAACUGUCGGGUGUGUUCUCUAUUUGAGAAAGUAAACUAUGUAAUCCAAGACCAGAACCUGUGGUCAGAUGGGUGGAAGAACUCCAGCUGGGCCUUGAGGGACUUCACUCAACAAGCAUUUUUUUGUUACGCCAGGUCUAGGCAUGGGGGUAGGGGUAAAAUCAGACAUGGCUCCUGCCUCGAGGAGGUCCCAGCCUAGUGGGGACAAAGAAAAGUAGGAAGUGACAGCACAGUGUGAUGAUAACAGGAGAAGAUGGGUGCUCUGAGAAGGGGCACUUACAUAAUUCACCCAGAAGUGCUGAUGGAGUGCGUUCUCCAAGGACCAGAAGGAGUUAGCCAGCUGGACAGGACAGGGAAAGAAAUUCCAGGCAGAGCACAAGGAUGUGAUGGUGUGUUCAAGCAGCUGCAUGUGGUUGAAGGAUAGCGUGUCUAUGGUGAGAGGCAGGUGGGACUGGAGUAGCAGGUAGGAGCCAGGUCACAGGGAGCCUCCCUGAAGGAAGUGGGCAGUCAGUGGAAGCCAGGGAAUACCCUGGUCCAAUUCGUGUUUGAGAACUCUCUCUCUGACACCUCUGUAUGUGGGAGGUGGACUGGAGGGGCCCUGAG